AUGGCGGCGGCUGAUCUAAACCCUCGUCAUGCGAACCUAUGCAAUCAGCUCGACCUGCAGAACUUUGAGGCCUUUUUCAAGCCUCCUUCUUGGGACUUCAGUUGGUGGCCGGCCAAGAACGAGUCGUCAGAGCUUGAAGAGGUCUUGAAGCAACUCAUACAUCUCGCCGAAGUCAAGCAGAAAAACCGUGGUGGCGAAGCUGAUUUGCGGCAGAAGCUCCGGGCAAUCGACGAAGAGUUGCACGCACUCUACAGCAUUGCACGCGGUAGGCAAGCUCAGCAGAUUUUCACCGAAGCUUCAGCUUUGCUCCAGCGGCUGGGGCACUCCGUGCAGAUGCGUUGCAAAACUGGGAGCUCUUGCGAAGAAACCAGCAAAGCCUCGAGCCACAAGCUGGUUCAACUGUCGCAGGAACAGGCGCUCGUGGCAGGCUGUCCACACAGCGUCCUGGUUCAAGGCAGAUCUGGAACGGGGAAGACCCUGGUUUUGGUUAACAGGUUGCAUCAGUCCUUUGUGGACCAGUGCAAUGCCGGAAGCUUGCCGGCAAGUCUUUUUGUCACGAAGUCCACGCUGCUGGUGGAAGAGGUGUCACGCCAGCUGCGCGAGAAAGGAUGUGACCUUGCCGAGCCGACAUGGCCUCCUUCGACGGGGAUUUAUUGCUUGACCUGGAAGAAGCUGGUGCAGCUGGCUGUCCCCCAUGUUCAGGAAGCAGAUAUCUCAUACGAGGUCUUCCAUGACGCGUAUGUCCCCGACAUCAAAGGGGAAUGUAAAGUACCAGCCCAGAUUCUGUGGGCUGAAUUCAACACCACACUGCGGCCGUUUGGCCCUGGCAUGGCACUUGGGCUGGGCGACGUCGGGGUCUGGUGCCUGCAGAGGGACGAGUACUUAAAGGAAGAGUCUAGCGCUAUGGGAGUUCACUUGGAUGAAUCGGAUCGGAUGCAGAUAUAUCGAUGCUUCAAACAGUAUUGCAAGCUGAAGAAGCAUCGGCAGCAGCUGGAUGACACUGACGUGGCUGCGCUGAUCGCCAGCUGUCAAGAGCUGCAGGAGGUGUCUUUUGAUGCACUCUUCGUGGACGAGGUGCAAGAUUUCUCACCUGCCGAGAUCUCGUCUUUGCUCCUCCUUUGCAAGAAUCCCAAUGCUGUCACGAUUACGGGCGAUACUUGCCAGACCAUCAAUGCUGGAAGCGCUUUCAACUUCCAGCAGUUGGUCAAGGCUUUCCGGCAGCAUCGACUGGGGGCAUUGCAUCAUAUGCCCGAAGGUGCAAGAGCAUACAGCUGGCUAAGUUGCUGCGAGAAGGACCUGCAGAAAGCGACCGAGCAAGCCGGGCUACGGCAAGAGGUCGAUCGCAAGCGACGUGCCAGGAAGCUGAUAGGAAAUGCCUUGAUAGAACGAGGUGUCCUGUCACGGGGCGGCCCCUUUAGGCCCAGCAUGCGGGACGACUUGGGUGAUGCAUCUCGACAUUUGGCAGAAGCCACGCAGAAGAUGAAGGCGGCUGAGGAAGUUCUCCAGAAGCUGCAAACACAAUUUCUGGUGAUGAGCCUGCGCUUCAACUAUCGCUGCAAAGCGGGCAUCGCAGCAGCGGCCUCCUCCAUUAGCCAGCUGCUCCUCGAAAGGUUCCCGCGCGCUGCGGACUUCAUACAAGAAGAGACCACCACGCCGGGGGCGAAGCCCAUGUUCGUCCGAAUGGCCAGCAGGGACUUCCUCUUCCAGUACAUGCUCGGCAGCGGAGCUUCGCAGCUGCCUGUGGUGGAUCCCACGUGCAUCGCCAUGAUCGUGCGAAGUGAUCGGGUGCGGCUGGAGCUCCGGAAGCGGAAGAUCCGGGGUCUCUUCUUGACGCCUGCGGAGGCCAAGGGCCUGGAGUUUGACAUGGUGUUCCUGAUCGACUUCUUCUCCAGCGGCUCCAAUGAUGAUGUUUGGGACAUUGCUGACAGCACGUCCUCAUCCACACAGCUUGCUCAAGCGAACGUCGAGGGAAGAGCGCUCUCAGAAACUGAGAAGCGUCGGCUCUGGGAUGUCGCGCUGGCCAUACCGGAGCUGAAAACACUCUACGUGGCGAUUUCACGGGCUCGCUCAGCCUGUGUGUUUCUGGAGUGCCACAAGGAAGUCCACAAAGCAUCCUAUCAACCUUUGCUGCAGAGGUGGCUGGACAGGGAUCUCGUUGAGCUGACAGACUUCGAAGCUGCACAGGGCGACGACGUCGCCUCGCAGAUUCCGGAGUUGCGGCGGCGUUUCAAGUGCGUCUCAACGCAAGAGGACCUCGCCGCCGUGGCUGACUACCGUGAUCGUGGCGAGAAGCUCAUGAACCAUGCGCUUGAUGACCUUCGCGAGCGGCGUAAGGUACUGCGCGAGGCAUACAACGUUUUCAAGAUGGGUUCUAACCAUGCGAGUCUGUGGCUUCAUCGGCAGCUCACGCCUGACAUCCUGUGCCCACUGAGCUGGAAGAAUCAGCUGGCGGCUGCUUUGCGAGAGGCCUCGAGGUGUCCCAGCUGGCGCGGGCAGUCUGCCUUGGCUAAGUUGUGCGCGAAGCCCGAGACCGCAGAACUGAUUUGGCGGCGGAUUGCCUCCUUCCUGGCGCCCGAGUCAGAGCAGUGUGGAGUGGAUGUGGCACUGCACCAUAUGGUGGAGUGCUGCAAGGAACACGGCAAGCAAGUGAGACGACUGCAGAAGUGUCUGGCAAAGGCACACGCCCACAUCUACGUCAUCGCUCCGCAGUAUGACACUGAGCAACAAGGCCGUUAUCGGCAGAAGUUCGAGGCGCUCGGUGCCGUCUUUGAGCAGAGGGCAAAGUCGUUGAAGGAGUAUGAGAAAGCCAAGAAGGCCGCUGCUGUGGCGAGGCUUCGCCGGAAAGUGUUACCCUCUCUCAUCCGGCUCAUAGAAGCUGGCAUGCCAAAGCUGGCGAAUGAGCGCAACGAUUCUAAGCGCAUGCUCGACGCUCAGAAAAAGGAAGAGGCAAAACUUACGGAUGAAACAGAGACGGUCAAACAACGGAUGCUUGAGCUCUCAAGAAGGUAUCAGUUGCCAGUCAGCAGAGAGCUCGAGGAGGCAGCUGCUCGCUUUCGGAAGUGGGACCAGAAACUAGCCACAAAGGACCCAGGUGCUGGUUUGUGGUUGGAAGAAGUCAGGAGAAACUCAGAAGGUCAAGAGCUGACUUGGUCCACUCUGUUGUCUAAGUUCCACGAAUGGGAGUCAAUCAGCUCUUGCAGACGUCGGUGGAGCAAGCUUGUUCAAGUGGACAAAACGGCCUACCGCAUCCACCAGCUUCCUGAAUCGGAGAUGAAGUCUCUCGAAGAAGAGAGCCUUUUUGAACAGACCUGCAGACGCCGAGUGGAAAAAAGAAAUGGGAAGUUUGAAGAGGAGGAAGAAUGGCUUUGCCCACAGGGUCAAGAAAGCAACAUGGAAGCUUGGAGGCCAGAUUUGCGAGUCGACCCUCAAAGCGGAGAGGAGAUGUCCUUCAAGCAGGUGUUGGGGAAGUACGGGGAAGAUUUUUCCAAGAAGCAGUGCACGUCCUACUGGUUCUCGAAGAUGAAGCAGAUUCCUCCGGGACAGGCGCUAAGCGAUUCUCGGCCGGGACAGCCGAGAGACCGUGUGGAGAAGUUCUCGGGCGAUCACCUGGAGAUCGUUCGCAGAGAAGUCGCGACUUUGGAGCGCUCGCACGGCCGUCCUGACAGGUUGUGGUUUCCUGAUGGCACUGUAUGGACAUUGUUGGAUGCAGAGGAGUCAGAGCGGCUUCUGACGCAGUCCCAAGAGGUCCUCGACAACUGCUGCGCUUUGAGCCAGAAGAUCGAGGAGUCAGAGAAGGCAUUGCGCCGGGCCCAGGAAAGCACCAAGCGACAGAAAGAGCAUUUCGAGAGGAGGAAGAAGCGGCUCCAAGAAUGGAAGGAGCGCCUGCAGCGCCUUCAGUCCUACUGGGACGAGAACCCGAACGUCCACAAAGACGCGAUGCAAAAGCUGAGGACGAGGUUCCGCCAGCUGACGCCAUCCGUCACUGAGGUGGUUGGGAAGUUCGAAGCCCUAACAAAAAUAAGCGACCACCGGGUGGAGGCCUACGAGAGUGCAGCCCGAGGAUUCCUUGCGUCCGGUGAAUUUCAGAAGGCGGCCGAGGCAUUCUGCCGGGGAGCAGCGAGCUGCAAAGAUGCCCUUGAUGCGGUCGAUGGUGGAUCCAUAGCACAGGAUGGGCUUUGUGCCGAGUUCGUGUAUUUGUGGAGUAAGAGUGCUCCUCGGCGGCUUGUUCUGGCAAAGAAGGUUUCGCUCCUCUCACAUGCGGGCCGCUGUUGGUCCUGCAAGGCCAUCCGCGAGCUUGACACCUCUCAAGCGGAAGAAGCCGUGGUCAAAGCCCGGGAGGCCUUCCAGCUUGCAGGUCAGAGUAAGGAAGCCGACGCGUGCGAAGGGUGGCUUCGCACUUCGCUGCAUCUGCCUGAAUCCUGA